CAAGCAAAAACCAGCUCUGCGGCACUGCUGCAGCCGUCUGGCGGCCAACGCGACCCUGCAGUGCUCGCAAUAGAGCCACAACUGCAAGGCACGAUGCUGCGAGCAGCGGUCUUGCUCACUGGUGCUGUCUCUGCCCUCAAGCCAGCCUCACGGCGACACCUGUUGCAAGCAGCGCCAGCAAUCGCGACGGGCCUCAUCGCAGCGCCAGCGGUCGCCGAGGACUUCCAGGCCUCGCUGAAACCGCUCUACAAGGCCGCGAAGACGGCCAAGCUCACCUACCGGAGCAAAGCGGGCGAACCGCCGCCUGAGGCUUGGGCCGAGGACGCCUUCGUCGGCCGCUACACGGAUCCGAUCAAUCACCCGGGCGGCAUCCGUGAUAUUUCCUUGACGGACACUUAUAUAGGGGAGUACCGCCUGGUCAAGGUCGUAGGCGGCGGCGGCCGCGGCGAGCCCUCGGAGUACAUCCUCCCCGGCCUCGUCGACGCGAACCGCAUCACCGUCGACUUCUCCGUGCCGCCCAAGGGUGGCCCGCCGAACUUGACGGGCGUCCUCACGCUGCCGACGCCCGGCCGGCCCGGCGCGACGGCCAUCGUCUGGCCCGACGGCAACAAGUGGCCCCAGGAGAAGAAGUAGUGCUUAUCUGUGUAAGGUCGUUCGUUUCGU